CCUCUGACCCCGCUGAGGCCCAUGCGCCGGACACGGCCCGCUGCCCGUCGGCCCGAUGACUGCCUGGAUCGUCCUGCCCGUCAGCCUCUCCGCCUUCUCCAUCACGGGGAUAUGGAUCGUUUACGCCAUGGCAGUGAUGAACCAUCACGUCUGUCCUGUGGAGAACUGGUACUACAACGUCACGUGCACAGAGGAGAUGCCUCGACCUGGCUUCCCCAAGACCUGCUGCACCAUCCAGGACAUCCCGCUCAUCAGUAAGUGUGGGUCCUUCCCCCCAGAGAGCUGCCUGUUCAGUCUCAUCGGGAACGUCGGGGCGUUCAUGGUGAUCAUGGUGUGCCUGCUGCGCUACGCCCAGGUGAUCGAGCACAGCCACCACUGCCUGCUGAACACCAGCGCCCUGGUGUCGGGCUGCACCAACGCCGUGGGGCUGGUCAUGGUGGGGAACUUCCAGGUGGACCACGCCAAGUCCCUGCACUACGUGGGCGCGGGGGUGGCGUUCCCGGCGGGACUGCUGUUCGUGUGCCUGCAGUGCGUGCUGACGUACCGCGUGGCCGUCACGGCGCUCGACUACUGGAUGGCCCACUGCCGCGUGGCGCUGGCCAUCGCCGCCAUGGUGUCCCUCGUCCUCAGCGGCGCGUUCUUCGUCCACGAGAGCUUCGUGCUGCAGCACGCGGCGGCCAUCUGCGAGUGGGUGUUCACCGUGGACAUCCUGGUCUUCUACGGCACCUUCACCUACGAGUUCGGCUCCGUCAGCCACGACACGGUGCUGGCCGGCCUGCAGCACGUCUACCAGCAGCAUCACCUGCACCACCACCACCUCCACCACGGCUCCGGCAUCGUGCUGGGCCCCGGGGCCCGGCCCACCGCCCUGGGCACCGGCUCCAAGGGCCUCAAGUCCCCCGGCGGCAGCAGCACCUCCACCCACCUCAACUGCACCCCCGAGAGCAUCGCCAUGCUGUAG